GAUUACUUGAGGAUAUGGCGGAAAUACGAGGAAGAACAGCUCCAUGCUCUGCUCGAGAUGGAGCGCCGGCGAAAUGACGUUUGCCCAAGUUGCCGCGUCUCUCCCACAGCCUGGCGGUGUCUGUCGUGUUUCGGCACUCCGGAGGGCUGCAAGGACUGCAUGCACAGCGCCCAUAAGCAACUUCCGUUUCACAAAGUGGAGAGCUGGGAGGGGAGUCAUUGGCGCCGAGCCACUACAGACAGCUUUGGGGUCCAUCUUCAUAUGGGCCAUGACGGCGCUAUGUGCCAGAGCCAGGCUACACCUGCGUAUGAUGAGAUUUGGGUUGAUCAAGACCUCGGCAGCAUCUCGGAUGCAGAUCGAAUUGCUCUCGAAUGUGGUCUGGGGCAAUCAUUCAGUCAUCUUCCUCCACCUGAUUCCGACACUGAUGAAGGCAAAGAGAAAGCGCCAAAGGAGUCAAGAAUCACAGUGGUGGAUGUAACAUCGAUCUACGAAUUCACAGUCGUAUGGUGUGAAUGCCAGCCCGACUACCCUUUCCAUCGACAACUCCUUGACAUGCGUUUAUACCCUGCGUCAUACAAUGUCCCUCAGACAGUUUUCACCUUUGAUGUUCUCGAGGAUUUCACCCUUAGCAACCUGGAGAACAAAGUACCCGCAAAUGCCUACUUUUCUCGCCUCGUUCAUGCGACCAAUUCAGCAUUUCCCGCUUUGGUUCCAGAUCGAUAUCGAGAGUUCCAACGUUGCGCACGUCAAUGGAUGCAUUUGAUGUCUCGGAAGUCCCAUGGGCACGGAUAUGGCCAGCCUGAUCAGGAGAACAUUGCAGGGUCAAUGGCGGAGUUUUGUGCGGCCUGCCCCCAGCCUGGGGUAAACCUGGCUGAAAAUUGGGAAACAAUGAAUGUUCCAGAGUGGUUGCACGCUCGCCAGCUCAUGGUUGAUGGCAACUUCAAGCAACAAAAUUACCGCAUGCGGCGUCCUGAAAAUGACAUUUGCUUGGGAGAUGGUCUCGCCUACACUGUCAACGAGGAUGAUUACCAGAAGUAUCUAUCAGUCUCAAAGGAGAAAAAACAGAGAUCAACAUGUAAUGACCACCGCGCAGUACUUCUCACUAACAAGCGGCGGAGCCAUGUCCAGGUCACCGGCAUUGCGGCUGUUGCAUGUGCACGGCAUGCAUGCUUUGUACCCAAUGCAACCGCUGAUCUACAAUUUGGAGAAAGGCGAGUCCGACUUCAGCAAAUUAAUAUUGACUACGUCAUCGUAAACGCAAUCUGGAUGAUGCUAGUACUUCGGCUUGUCCUCUUCUACGAUAUUGCGUGUCAGUACAUGGUCAAUUUCUUGACACGUGUCCGGGACCACCCUCUUCUGUCGUUACCUGCGGGACUGAAGAUCAUUCCAUCCAUCGGGCUAUUUCACGUGCACGGACACCGGGAAAGUUGCGUCGCACGAUAUUCCCCAACUUUCAUCAAAGGACUAGGUUGGGUCUCUGGAGAGGGAAUUGAAACGGUGUGGCCCGGGCUCAAUGACCUUGCACAGAGCACAAGGUACAUGGCUCCGGGUGGUCGCAGGCAAUUUCUAAAUUUGCACAUGGGCUGGCAUAACAACAAAAAAAAGCAUGGAAUUGUGAAAUACAUCUCUCAGCAAUGGGGCAAGGCCAUAGCGCGGUAUUACAAAGCUCAAGAAGACCUCAGGAAGCUUGAAAAUGUCUGCGAAGAUGCUCUUAUUGCAGGGUGGCAACAGCUACUCAACAAAGCUUACGCCGCCCCUGGCAAUGCCAAAGUGAAGGAUGAGGUGUUCAAUGUCAAAGUUGGGAAACUCCCCUCCCGCGCUGAGAAAGGUCAUGAGAUCACCCAGCGGCAUGGAGCAAAGCGCGAGGACCGCGACAUGGUGCGAUGGGCAAACUUAGGGAUGGACAUAGAGGAAGCUCAAAUUCGGGUCCAGAUUGUUGUUCGGCGAUAUCAGCAACACCGCCGACGUGUGGACUUAUUGACUAUCCAAAAGGAGCAGAGAAAGCUUAGUCAGAAAAUCCAGGAGUUUGAAGAUGGCGCUGUUCUUGAGGAGGAUGUUGACGACCCGCAUGCCACAAAGGACGCCCACCCAACUCCUUUGGGUGAUGUUCAAGAUGAAGCUGACAAUGAUGACGUCAUUCAUGCCGACCUCGAUGAUACCGCUGAACCGGAGAACGUCACCAUCGGCUUGCCAUCAGCAUUCGGUUAUAAGCGCUGUAUGGCCUUGGGACUGUCACGUGUUGUCGACGUCGAGAUGCAGCUGCGUAAAGGCCAGGCCCAUGACGCCCUUCAACACAUUCGGGACCACAUCGGAAAAAAGUCGGUCCUUGCGCGUAAAGCGCUCCGAGAAGUGCGCGGAAGCCAGCGCCAGGAGGGCGCGGUCUGGGACAAGUUUCAUGUCCUCAGCACAAAGAUCAACCUUCAACGUCUCUACUAUAAUCGAGCGCGCACUGCCAUGCAGUCUUUGGCGAAGCACCCUGAAGAGGUCAGCCAGUAUCAGAAGAUGACGCGAGUAGAUCUACAAGCCCAGACUGAGCAACUCAUUCCAGAUGCUCGAGGAAUGCGACAUAAGUCGCUGUCAUGGAUAUGGACCAUUGACAUAGAUGAGGCCCUAGCAGGGAAGGAUCAGAGUCAACUCAUUAAUGCCAUUGCACAAACGCAAUGGUUGAUGGCAAAAUGCAUAGUCGACAGGGCGCAGGAAGAGAUUAUUCUAUUGCGUCAUGAGAUGCAAUGGGUCCCGGCUUCAUUCCAACACGCCGCAGCCAAGUGGAAGUCGCUAGCAGAGACACAGCACGGGAAGCAGGUCGGUCAUCGCUCCUAUGCAAUGAGUCAGCGGGCGGCGAAUAGUCGGCUCCAUGUUAUGGCCGUUGCGGCGUUCAAGGCGCUGCUGAAGAAGCGCCCUCCGCCAAAUGACUUUAACGUAGGAGUGAGUGGGACAGGUGACGUUACAUGGUGA